CCCGCCCCUGUGUUGUCAUGGAGAAGGGACGCUGCCUGCGGCCGAGGCUGGGAGAGACCCAGGACAGAAGCGACUUUGUCUGUACAAAGUGCAAGCUGGUCUCCAUGUUGGAAGAGAAGGUUCGAGGGCUGGAGAAACGAGUGUCGACUCUGCGUUGCAUAAGGGAAAAUGAAGAUUUCCUGGACAGACGUCAGGAGAUGCUUCUACGGCCACAAUGUUCUGAAGAUUCAGAGCAGGCGCAGCAGGGACAGAAGGAUUGUGAGGAGGUUUGGCAGCAUGUGACCUCCAGAAGGAGAAAGAGGAGCGUCCAUGCACCAGCAAUGGAGAUACAGAUGCAGGUAAAGAAAUGGAAGGGAACUGCUGGGAAAUGACUGCCAAAUGGAGAGUGCCCUGUGGUCCCCACGUGUGAUGCUCCACUAUGAAAGGGCAUAUUGGGCCUCCUCAGAAACCAGUGGUGCUCAGCCUGAGCAUUGUUUCCAGCCUGGGGAAGCGUCUUACUACUGACUUGAGAAAUCUGGAACUGAACAGUUGUGGGAAUGAGACAUCUGAUGAUCACUCUGUGACUGGGGCUCUGGGCACGACAGAAGCGCCCAGACUUGGCUCACCUCGAGAGGCACAGAAUAUUGGACAGCAAGUAAUUUUUGAAAAUGUAAGCAAAUAACCGUGUUCUUUACAGACAUGAAGAGGGCAUCUUCAGAGAGGCAGAAUCACAGGGGCUGUCCCAUAUGAUGGUGUCCUCAGCAGCAGAAGCCACCACAGUAUUCUGCCAGGGCUGGGCAUGCAGAACUGGGGUUGUGAGCAACUAUAGGCUGACUUCGAACCAUUCCAGCAUCAUCACUCACUUUAACCUGCAGAUGCAUCUCCAUAAAUAGCCUAGUCCAGUCAGGUGCUGGCUGAAAAUUGCAGAUCUUCCUGGAACAGAGAACCUCACUGAGAACCUGUGGGGUGGGAGUUUAAGAGAGAAGCUUCUGCUGAAGAAGUCCUUGGUGGCUUUCUACCAGUGAUUCCAAGUUGACCCAGUUGCUGGAAGAAGCCCUGGCCGGGAACAGCAAGACCAUGGUUAUUUUCUGCCUGUCUCCAACCUUGGAUUCUUGGCACCUAGCGGCUGUGCUGAAGACCUGUAUAGCUCUCUCACAAGUUAAGAACUUCCCUGUUUUAAAUGAAUACUUUGUAGAGUCAUUGCUUACUCAGUACUGGGCAAGGAUCCUGGCCCUUCAGCACCGACUAUAUGAACACAUGGAUCUUAGGAGUGCCAUGGAGAGUGAGAGCAUAAGCACCCUCCGAGAACAGGUCCAGUGCCUCACCAAUGAAAAUGUGCAGCUGCAGGAUAGGAAUGAAAGACUGUACAGAAAGCUUGAAGAACUGCAGGAGAAGAUGGGGAAGCUGGCUGGUUCCAAAACAGACUUGUCAUCCAGACUGGUCUUCAGUGAGGAGGAGAAACUUAAGAUUUCUAAGGACCUCAUUGAUCUCCAGAUCGAGACAAACAAAAUGAGAGAGCAGUAUGAGGCAGAGAACUUUGAACUGAAAAAUAUGAUCCUGACCCUGGAGAACCAUAUUCUGGAGUUGGAGCUCCAUGAUGAGAAGGUCACUGGGGAGCAUGAUGCCCUACAGGAACGCCUGCACACUGUAGAGACCAAUCGCAAGGAGCUGGCUGAUGAGUACAUCAUUCUGAAAAGCAAUUAUAUGGCCCUGGGCAAAGAACAUGAACAGGAGGUUGCUAAGAAUGAAGAGCUGAGCAUAGAGCUGCUAAACCUGGUCAACACCAGGAGCUCCCUUCCUCAGUCAUGGAGUAACAACUCCCCGUCCCAAGCGCUGGCCAAUGAAACCUCAGCUGAGCUGGAAAGGGUGCGGGCUGUGGUCCACCGCCUCUCUGCCCGGAAAGUGAAGCCAGAAGAUAUAGUUGCCUCUGAACACGAACGUCGAAAAUUGGAGAGACAUAUGCUUGGAAACCAGGAUCACAUAAAAGCUGAGAUUGAAAAGAUGAAGCAAACGUACGAUUCUCAGCAACAGAAGCUGGAACAGAGAGUGGUGGCAAUGGGGAAGGAGCUGCAGCAGUCCAAGAGAGUGAUUCGCAAUACUCAGCACAAACUGGUGGAGCAGUCAGUGGUGCUGCUCACCUCUCAGAGCCAGCUCAAAGAGGUGGAGGUUGAGAAUUCCCAACUGCAACUUCAGCUGAAGGAACUGAAUGAGGAAUAUCGCUGUCGUCUUACUCAGUACAUCAAGGACCUGGCGGAAUAUAUGGACAGUAAAUCAAAUGCUUCUAAGGUGCCUAACAAAGUACCAGCUGACCAUGCUUACAUGAAGCGCUUUGUGGAUGGCAUGGUGAAGGACAUUCGGGCUGCCCAUAAAUCUCGGGAGGAGCAGCUGGCUGGAGCUGUGCGUAGUUACAAGAAGCGCAUGCAGAACCUUGUCAAGAGGCAUGAAAACCUGCUGAUUGCUUAUAGGAUGCAGCGUGAGCAGAUCCAGUCUCAGGGCAGCAGCGAGAUGGACCCAGGCCCUCCUGAGUUCCAUUUCACCAUCACAGAUUCUGAGCUACUGACAAGCACAACCCAGGAGCUAAACCAGCUGCGAGAGGACAAAGCAAAACUAGAGACACAGCUGCAUGAACUGCAGGAGACGAAAAGACUGAGUGAAAGCUCUGCGCUAGGACCAUCUCUUCACCACAAGCUGGAUGAGGAGGGCUGGGCAGAGAUCAGGAAGCAGCUCCGGGAUUUCACACAUACCACGCAGGAAGAUCUGGAGAAGGAGAGAAGCCAGCUACUGACUCGGGCAAUUGUGGCAGAAGAGCAGGUGCUGGAGCUGCAGGAAUAUGUAGAUAAGCAUCUUGCAAGGUACAAGCAGGAGAUCCUGAGGUUAAGGAAAUUUGUAGGGAGCGAGGCACCCAGAGCAUUCAGUGCUGGGGCUUCUGAUGCUCACUUAAUGCAGAGAUCCAAAAGGACCAUCAGCCAUGAACUGUAGCUUUUGCCAUGGCCCUGACAAGCAGCAGUCAUUAGUUCAUCAUAGGAAAGACAAGGACAUAAAACUGAGUGGCUGCCUGGCUGUAAUAUUCAGUGCUCUGUCACACCAAGAGAUAAUCCACUCCAGCGAGCGCUCUUCAUACUGGGGCCCUCUUACUAGAGGACUAGGACUUGCUGAGAAGGAAAUCAGCAGUAUACAUUUGACCCUACAGAGGUAAAUAAAUUUACUAAAAACAGAUCAAAACUCAGUGUUUUGUUCCCCCUUUAUCUUGUUUUGUGAGGUUUCCCACCCUCCAGCAGGCCAUAAAGAUUUCCCUUUCAUUGCAGAAGUGCUCAGUAGCCGCAGAGCACCACUGCUGGUACCUCAGGGUGGUGCAGCACCAGAGUGGGUUGAACCAUCACCCAAACUUAGUCUACUGCAGAGCUGGUGGACUCAGCUUACUAUGCACCUGAAUUAACAGGUUCCCUUCACCUUCUGCUAGACAGUUGCCCUUACCAUUGUAACAGCUGCAAAGUGCUGUGCUUCACUGGUGCUAACUCCCACCACCUCGCCCCUGUCUGAGCUGGAGAGGAGUAGAAGUAGGUGUCAUAACUGUUCAUGUGUUCCUUAGGCAUUUCAGCCGCCACCUCUGCUAAGGGUCCACUGAGCUGCGGCCUCAGCUCUACCAUGUACUGGUCUGUAGUGAUGCUGUAUCCAAGGCAGGCCCUUUCAAAAUUUUCUAAGAAGGUCUCAGUAUCAUCGCCUGCCUUGUAGGUGGGGAAUUUUCUGGGAUGGGAAGUGGUACCUGGAGAGGGGUUGUUAGGAUUGGCUGUUGUAUCCGGCCUAGCCCGUGCUAAUUCCAGUUCAUGCUUCAUCUCUUUUUCUCUCAGCUCCAUAGCUCUCUUGUGGGCCUCCUCUUUGGCUUUCUCUUCAGCUUCUUGCUCGAGUUUUUUUAAUUGAAGUAGUCUCUGAUGUUUUUUUUUCAUUUUCUUCUGCUUCUAGUCUGGCCAGUUCUAUUUUGUUAGCUACUUCUUUGGUAGUCAUUUUCCUGUUUUCUUGUGCUGGGCCACACCCCUCUGCAGUUGACUGAAACUGGGAUGUACUCAGCUCAGGCUGCUGCUGAGGUAAGAGACUUUCUAACUAGCUAUCCCCGAGUAGAAAGAAAAAAAAAAAAACAAUUCAGCUUGUAAAUUCCUUUUACCAGCUGUUUGCUCAUUGAUUGAGCCCUUCUCUUUAACAAAGACCCUUGUUUAAAAAAAACUUAACACCUCUGCCUUCAGGCAAGGAGAGAUAAGAUAUGCAUCUACCUUCAGCUCUGCUUUCCAAGCAGCUAGAAAGGAGAAAAAAAAAAUUUUACUGGCUGUUGGUUUAAAAUGAUCCCACCGCUCUGCCACCAUGUCAAGGCUGCUUCCCUGCUCUGAACUUUAGGGUACAAAUGUGAGGGCCUGCAUGAAAACUUCUAAGCUUAACUACCAGCUUAGAUCUGGUCCGCUGCCACCAUUCCCAAAGCUAAUUCCCUUCCCUGGGAAGUCUUGAGAGACCUGUUCAGAAAGAUUUGGAAAACCUGGAUUGAUGUCUGGUCCCUCUCAGUCCCAAGAGCGAACAACUUCCCACACAAA